GUGCGCAGGCGCGAUCGGGGGCCGGGCCGUGACUCCGGAAUCUCGGCGAGCCCCAGUGCGCCCGUCUUCCCAGCCAUCGCCAUGGCCGCCUACAAGUUGGUGCUGAUCCGGCACGGCGAGAGUGCGUGGAACCUGGAGAACCGCUUCAGCGGCUGGUACGACGCGGACCUGAGCCCGGCCGGGCACGAGGAGGCGAAGCGCGGCGGGCAGGCGUUGCGAGAUGCUGGCUAUGAGUUUGAUAUCUGCUUCACCUCAGUGCAGAAGAGAGCAAUUCGGACUCUCUGGACGGUGUUGGAGGCCAUUGACCAAAUGUGGCUGCCCGUAGUGAGGACUUGGCGCCUCAAUGAGCGGCACUAUGGGGGUCUGACUGGCCUCAAUAAAGCAGAAACUGCUGCCAAGCAUGGCGAGGCCCAGGUAAAGAUCUGGAGGCGCUCCUUUGAUGUCCCACCACCUCCAAUGGAGCCUGACCAUCCCUUCUACAGCAACAUCAGCAAGGACCGCAGGUAUGCUGACCUCACUGAAGAUCAGCUACCCUCCUGUGAGAGUCUGAAGGAUACUAUUGCCAGAGCUCUGCCCUUUUGGAAUGAAGAGAUAGUUCCUCAGAUCAAGGAAGGGAAACGGGUACUCAUUGCCGCCCAUGGCAACAGCCUGAGGGGCAUUGUCAAGCAUCUGGAGGGUCUCUCUGAAGAGGCUAUCAUGGAGCUGAACCUGCCAACUGGUAUUCCCAUUGUCUACGAAUUGGACAAGAACUUGAAGCCCAUCAAGCCCAUGCAGUUUCUGGGGGAUGAAGAGACCGUGCGUAAAGCCAUGGAAGCUGUGGCUGCCCAGGGCAAGGCCAAGAAGUGAGGGAGAGCAGACAGACUACACUCCCCAAGACAUCCUGCCUGCCCACCCCUUUCCUCUGUACCUCUCCCCUGUACAUGCCACACUGACCAUCUGUAGGUAUCUUAAGUUUUAGCUGCAGAUGGAAACUGGUGGUUCCCAAUUUCAUUUUUAGCAUCUUGUCUCUUGCACCCACUCCCUUCAUACAGUGUAGUCAGAAUGGCCCCUCUGGGGCAUGGGUUCUCAAGCCAAGCUCUUAGCCAAGAGUUGAGAGGUAGUAGCUAGGGUUUUUGCUAGUUUUUUGUUUACCAUGGGCCGGCUUAGGUAGGGGACAGGGAGGAACCAUGCUAAGGUAUGAUCAGUGAGAAGCCAGAGGGUCUAUCUGUGCUCCCAGGAGCCAGUCCUGUGCCAUUCUGAGGCCAGGUGACUGUGGGGGUCUAGGCAUUGCCAGUGGAAGAUGAAUGUAACCUGCAUGGUGAUUAAAAUAAACAUUUCCUCCCUGAGGAGCUGGCACCAGAUGAGGAAAAAGCCCGAAUGUUGUGUGCAUUUACUUUUACAAAAAAAAAAAAAAAAAUUAACUAUAUAUAUUACAAAAAUACAAAACAAAACUCUCCUGGGGUGUUCUAGUGGUGGGUGAAAUAUUCCCAUGUGUGGUCAUUAGAAAAUAAGCCAUUCCUUAUACUAACAUGGGAUAAGCUCCUUGACCUGCAAGGAGUUCAUCCUGCUGUGUGUUUUAGAAUCCCCUUACUGUCUGUGGCAGUGAAAUGCCUUUUGAUCAUGUCCAAGUGUGUCGUUGUAUCUCAUUUCUGAAUCAUGUUCCAGUUGCUUGGUCCUCAUUUUGAGCAUAACUGUACUAAAUUUUUUUUUCCAGACCAGUAUAAUAAAGGAGUGAUGUGCAAUAUUUUUUCUGUGACAUGCAAUCUCUGUCUGA